AUGGUGAGUCUGUUGAUUGAGAAAGGAGCCACCAUCAACGCCUAUGACAAAAAAGAUAGACGAGCUAUUCACUGGGCAGCUCACAUGGGUCAUGUGGAAGUGGUGAAGAUUCUUGUGGAGCAUGGGGCAGAGGUCAAUUGUAGAGAUAAAAUGAUGUAUACACCUUUACAUGCUGCAGCUUCCAGCGGCCAGAUUUCGGUGGUAAGAGAUCUCCUGGAGUGCGGUGUGGAGGUAGAUGCUGUCAACACUUACGGAAACACUCCACUUCAUAUUGCCUGUCUGAAUGGGCAGGAUGUUGUUGUCAGCAAGCUGCUGGAGCACUCUGCCAACCCUAAUUCUGUGAAUAAUAAAGGCAUGACUCCACUACAUUUUGCAUCAGCUUCAACACAUGGAAGCAUCUGUCUUGAAAUACUUGUUUCGGAAGGAGCCAAUACAAAAGCACAGAGUGAAGAUGGUCGAACUGCUCUCCACAUGACGGCCCUGCAUGGUAGAUUUACACGUGCACAGAGCUUGAUUGAGCAUGGAUGUCUGGUGAAUGCAUGUGAUCGUCUGGGAAACACUGCACUACAUGUAGCAGCCAGAUAUGGCCACGAGCUUCUCAUUAACACACUACUGGAUCAUGGUGCCAACUCUAUACAGAGAGGUUACUUAGGUAUGCUACCAAUCCAUGUGGCUGCUCUAAAUGGUUUCGUAGAGUGUGUGAACAAACUGAGGUCUUCUAUGCCUGCCUUUGACAUCAACAUCACUGAUGACGGUGGCAGAACUUGUCUUCAUGGAGCAGCAUGUAGUGGGAAAGUGGAGUGUGUGGAAUAUCUUUUGAAUGAAGGAGGAAAUCUGACUCUGCAAGAUAUUGAUGGCAGAACACCACUUCAUUAUGCAGCAGCCCAUGGCCACUAUCAGAUUGUCCUGGUUUUGCUGACUGCAGGCAGUAACAUCAAUAUCACAGACAGUCGAGGCUGCACUCCGCUGCAUUAUGCAGCUGCCACAGAUUCAGAUGCCAAGGUGGUAGAGUUGCUGCUGCAUCAUGAGGCCAGACCAGGUAUACGUGAUGAUGAUGGCUACAAUGCUGUUCACUAUGCAGCUCUCAAGGGCCACAAGCUUUCAUUAGAAAUGUUGUUAGAUGCAGCACCUACUGACUUGCUGAGAAGUGCAGCACCCUACUCACCUGGUCACCUAGCUGCUUACAAUGGUCAUACUGAAGCCUUAAUGGUCCUUCUUGGGUACAUGAUGAAUGUGGACAUCAAGGAUGCAAACGGGCAUACCAUGCUAGACUUGGCAUGUUUUCGAGGUCAUACUGAGUGUAUUGAGUCCUUGCUUGCCCAGAAUGCUAAAAUCUUGGUUCAUGACAAUGUGACUAGGAGGACACCUCUGCAUGCUGCAGCCAUCAGUGGUCAUACUAAAGCUUUAAGUUUGUUGUUAGAGGCUGCAGAUGAUGCUAAUGUUGUUGAUUGUACAGAUAUGUAUGAUAGAACCCCUUUGAUGUUGUCUGUUGAACACGGCCAUACUGAUAGCACUGUUUUUCUUAUACGUAACAACGCCUUUGUCAAUGCACGAGACUCCGAAGGAAGAACAGCUCUUCACAGAGGGCAAAUGGCCAUGAAGAACUGUGUGGAUGCCUUAAUACAUCAUGACGCAGAUCUAAAGCUACGUGACAAUCUAGGUCGAACUGCUGUGCACAUGUGUGCAAUGUGUGGACAUAUGGCUUUGUUGUCCUCUCUUCUCAGUGCUGAGAUGUUGGAUCAGUUAGAAGACAAUAAAGGAUACACCCCACUGCAUUAUAGCUGUUACAAUGGUCAUGACAGCUGUGUAGAAGUUCUUCUCGAGCAAGGAAGCAUCAAGAAGUUUACAGGAAACCUGUUCAGCCCUUUACAUUGUGCUGUGAUAAAUGGUAAUGAUAACUGUACAGAGUUGUUAAUAGACAUACUAGGAAAGGGGAUUGUCAAUUUACAAGAUAGCAAAGGUCGCACACCGCUGCAUGCGGCAGCCUAUUCAGACCAGGGAGAAUCUAUGCAAAUUUUGCUGGGUCACAAAGCUGAUGUCAAUAUACAGGACUGUUCAGGGAAAACUCCAGUCAUGUAUGCAGCAUCUAAUGGUCACAUUUCUGCUGUUGAAUUGUUGUUAGAGAAUGGCGCUGAGCUGACAGUAUCUGACAAAGAUAGAAACACUGCCUUACAUCAUGCAUGUUUCCACAAUCGUGAAGACAUUGCGUUGCUAAUUCUAGACAAGAUCGAUGACUAUGUGACCAUCAACAUGGCCAACUCAGAACUUAAAACACCACUUCAUAUUGCUGCCAGAAAUGGUUUGGUUCCAGUCGUACAAGAUCUUAUCAGGAAAGGAGGAAGUGUUUUAGCCUUAGAUGAAAAUGGUUACACUCCUGCGUUGUCCUGUGCUCCCACACCACGAGUAGCUGACUGCCUGGCUAUAAUUCUUGCUCAUAUGCCUUUUGCCACAACACCAAAUCACAUCACAUCUAGAUCAUCUCGCUUCACAACUUCAACCCCAGCUUUUGGAUUAACAAAGACCUUAGAUGGACCUGAAACAUUACCUAUAGACAGCACAAAUACAUCAGACGUCAAAGAACAGCCUGGGUCGGUUCAGAGCUCAGACUCUGAGUUUUACUGA